AUGUCCAUUGACGAUUUCUCCAAGGACCAUCCCAAGCCUGACGGCAUCAAUUUCGGCUACGGAACCGCAGGCUUCCGAAUGAAAGCCACUCUGCUCGACUCAGUGGCCUUUCGAGUCGGUAUCCUCGCUGCCCUUCGAUCUCAGUUCAAGAAGGGCCAGACCAUUGGUGUCAUGAUCACCGCCUCCCACAAUCCUCCCCCUGACAACGGAGUCAAGCUUGUUGAUCCUCUUGGAUCCAUGCUCGAGGCAUCAUGGGAGGUAUAUGCCGCCGAGCUCGCCAAUGCCCCUGAUAACCAACUCCAGGCUAAGGUUGAUUCUCUGGUAUCGAAACUGAACAUCGAUACAAGCGUGAGAGCCCAUGUGGUCAUUGGACGAGACUCCCGAGAGUCUGGGCCCGCCCUCGUGGCAGCGCUCGAAGAUGGUCUCAAAGCCAUGAAUGCGAACUACAACAACUACGGUCUGCUCACCACCCCCCAGCUCCACUACAUUACCCGUGCAAUCAACACCAAGGGCACUCCUGACGCCUACGGGGCCCCCACUGAGGAGGGCUACUACGAGAAGCUCGCCAACGCUCUCAAGAAAGCUGUUCCUGAUCUUGAUGAACCACUCAAGUGCGUUGUUGACUGUGCUAAUGGAAUUGGAGCUCCCAAGCUCCGUGCCCUGGCUGCCAUGCUGGAUGGAACUCUGUCUGUGACCAUUGUCAACGACCAGUAUAAAGAACCGCCCAUGCUGAACAUGGAUUGUGGUGCUGACUACGUCAAGACUAACCAGCGUCUUCCCAACGGUGUUACCCCCGAGCCUUACCAACUGCUUGCUUCCUUCGACGGAGACGCCGACCGAAUCGUCUUCUCCUACGUGGACGACAAGAAAGCUUUCCAUCUGCUGGACGGAGACAAAAUCGCCACUCUGGUUGGCAUGUACAUCACUGAGCUGUCCAAGGAAGCUGAUCUCGAUCUGUCUGUCGGAGUCGUCCAGACCGCCUACGCUAACGGUUCCUCCACAAAGUAUAUUGUUGACAACCUCAAGGUGCCUGUUGUUUGCACUCCCACCGGUGUCAAGCACCUGCAUCACGCUGCUGAGGCCUUUGACAUUGGUAUCUACUUUGAGGCCAACGGUCACGGAACUGUACUCUUCUCUCCUGCUGCUCAGAUCAAGCUUCAGACUGCUCCCGAGGACUGUGGACCCGUCCAGCGACGGGCCAUCGACUCCCUUCUGGCUCUCUCUGAUCUUAUUAACCAGACUGUUGGCGAUGCCAUUUCCGACCUGCUGCUGGUAUUGGUCGUCCUGGCUAUCAACCGAUGGGGUCCUGAAGAGUGGGACUCAGCGUACAAGGAUCUGCCCAACCGUCUGGACAAGGUUGUUGUCAAGGAUCGAUCUCUCUUCAAGACUACGGAUGCUGAGCGACGUCUGACUUCCCCUCCUGGCCUUCAAGACAAGAUUGACGAAGUCGUCAAGAUGUUCAACCAGGGCCGAUCUUUUGUCAGAGCCAGUGGUACUGAGGAUGCUGUCCGAGUCUACGCCGAGGCUGCUUCUAAGGCUGAGGCUGAUGCUCUUUCUGGACGAGUUUCUCAGUUCCUGCACGCUUUCCAGUAG